AUGAAUUGCAAGACUCUAGUCUUAGUAGUAUUGGCAUUCACUGCAGUCUAAGUGUUUGGAGAACCGGUUGCAGUUUCCUAAUCGUUCACAGCUAAUGACUUUUCAGAUGCAGAUGGUUGGACAGUUGCUGGAGCCCCAGCUCAUGUAACAGAGUGCAGUGGCACUAAGAUGUUUGGAGGCUUUGGAAAAUUCGGUGCUAGGGCGGUUGCAAGCAAAGCCUUUGAACUUCCACCUCAUUCAUAUAUAAACAUUAAACUUUAAUUUUGGAAGAUUGAUUCAUGGGACAUAAAGAAGCUUAUGUCUUUGUUGAUGACCAAUUAGCAUGGUCAAGAAAGUUCUAAUACAACGAAGGGGAGGGACAAAAGUGUGGCCAAGGAGGUGACUGGAAGGAAAUGGUCGUUAAUCAUAACUUGA